GCGGCUGGUGAGGGCGGCCUCGGGGCACCGAGGUCCUGCGCCGAGGCGUGGGCGCGGGCGCGGGCGCAGGGACCCACGGCGGCACAAAGAGGCCUGGCCGCGGCAGUUUUGAAAAUACCAAGAAGUUGAUCUGGGCCAGGGCCCAAGAAGUGACGAAGAGGGAGGGAGCGAGGGCGGGAGCGCGGGGAUCGGGCGGCCGCAGAGCUCGCCGGCCUCCAGCGGGGAGCGCGCGGGCGGCGGGAUGGGCGGCGGGCCCGGCGCCCCCAGGCUGCGACCCCGCGAACCCUCCCCUACGCGCGCCGCCUCUGCGCCCCGGUGCUGCCGCAGAACUCCGACUCCCAGCCCGGCUUCCGCGGGCGGCGCAUAGGGCGGCGAUCGGGUGCCCCUCGUGGAACUGCCGGCUUUCGCCCCGGUCACCCCACCGUUGAACAGCCAGGAGCGAGGCCCUGCGGAGGCCCCGGCGCAAGGGACCAUGAAAGUAAGGUCGGCCGGUGGCGACGGAGAUGCCUUGUGUGUUUCAGAAGAGGAGCUGGCCGGCGAUGAGGACAUGCCAUCCUUCCCGUGCACGCUGGAGGGCCAGCCGGGGCCCCGCUGCAGCCGUUGCCAGAAGAACCUGUCUUUGCACACGUCAGUGCGGAUUCUGUACCUCUUCCUGGCCCUGCUCUUGGUGGCCGUGGUCGUGCUGGCCUCCCUGGUUUUCAGGAAAGUAGACUCUCUCUCAGAAGACAUCUCCUUGGCCCAGGCCAUCUAUGACAAGAAGCUUGUGUCUGUGCAGGAAAAUCUCCAGGGACUUGAUCUGAAAGCCCCGAACAACUGCUCUUUCUGCCACGACGUCGGGCACCUGGGGCAAGAGAUCAGAAAACUGCAGGAGGAGCUGGAGGGAAUUCAAAAGAUGCUUCUGGCUCAGGAGGUCCAGCUGGACCAGACCUCUCAGACCCAUGAACUGCUCUCCACCACCAGCAGUCAAAUCACCCAGGAGAUGGGCAAUUGUUCCUUCUCUGUCCACCAGGUCAAUCAGACUCUGGGGCUCUUCCUGACCCAGGUGAGAGGCUGGCAGGCCACCACGGCUGGCCUGGACCUCUCUCUGAAGGACCUCACCCAGGAGUGCUACGACGUCAAGGCUGCAGUGCACCAGAUGAACUUCACUGUGGGGCAGACUUCAGAAUGGAUUCAUGGGAUUCGCCGGAAGACAGACGAGGAAACCCUGACCCUCCAGAAGAUCGUCACCGACUGGCAGAACUAUACCCGGCUCUUUGGCAGCCUGCGAACCACCUCCACCAAGACUGGAGAGGUGGUCAAGAACAUCCAGGCCGCCCUGGGGACCUCAUCCCAGCGCAUCAGCCAGAAUUCGGAGAGCAUGCAUGACCUGAUGAUGCAGGUCAUGGGCCUGCAGCUGCAGCUGGAUAACAUCUCGACCUUCCUGGACGACCACGAGGAGAACAUGCAUGACCUGCAGUACCACACCCGCUACGCCCAGAACCGCACGGUGGAGAGGUUCGAGACGCUAGAGGGACGCAUGGCCUCUCACGAGAUCGAGAUCGGCACCAUCUUCACCAACAUCAACGCCACCGACAGCCACGUGCACAGCAUGCUCAAGUACCUGGACGACGUGCGGCUGUCCUGCACGCUCGGCUUCCACACCCACGCUGAGGAGCUCUACUACCUGAACAAGUCCGUCUCCCUCAUGCUGGGCACCACGGACCUGCUCCGGGAGCGCUUCAGCCUGCUCAGCGCCCGCCUGGACUUCAACGUCCGCAACCUGUCCAUGAUCGUGGAGGAGAUGAAGGCCGUGGAUACGCACCAUGGAGAAAUCCUCCGCAACGUCACCAUUGUGCGAGGUGCCCCUGGCCCUCCAGGACCAAGAGGACUCAAGGGAGAUGUGGGCGUGAAAGGGCCUGUUGGUGGCCGAGGACCAAAAGGAGACCCUGGCAGCCUGGGCCCCCCGGGUCCCCAGGGCCCUCAGGGGCAGCCCGGGGAAACAGGACCCGUGGGGGAGAGGGGGCCGGUCGGCCUUCGAGGUUUCCCAGGCCUCAAAGGCUCAAAGGGCAGUUUUGGAACUGGAGGCCCGAGAGGACAGCCAGGCCCCAAAGGGGAUGUGGGACCCCCAGGGCCAGAGGGGCCCCCAGGGUCUCCAGGGCCAGAGGGGCCUCAGGGAAAACCAGGGAUUGCUGGGAAGACAGGUUCACCAGGCCAGCGGGGGCCCACGGGACCUAAGGGUGAGCCAGGGAUCCAGGGUCCCCCUGGCCUUCCUGGGCCCCCAGGACCACCAGGAAGCCAGAUCCGCUACUGAGGAGGGUCCCCGGUCCCAGACACCGCCACACAGAAUGCCAGGAAGGGGGUCAGGGCAGAGCGAGCCCUCAGAAAGCCUUACGUGCAGGCAACUGUGCUCCUUUGAUCCCGAAGGGGGUGGCCCAGGCCUGCCCCUGCGCCUCUGGGCUCCCUAGUGGUGACUGCACCGUGGAAAACAGCCUCCCCCCACACACACAUGUGUAUGCACACACACGCAGUUCCCUGCUGGCCAGGGGGGCCGGCUGGGCGUCCCUGGCUGGGCAGGAGGAAAGGGCGGAAGGCCUCAGGCCUCCGUCUCCUGUGACUGAGCCGGCCAGGGAGGCGGCUACCUCGGGAGGGGGUCUGGAAUCUGUCCCUGAGUUGGUGACCAACGUCAGCCCUUCCAGCAUCUUCACACCCAUCCUGGCCAGUAGUUUCCUGGGGCUCCCCGUGGUUGAAGAGACCCAGGGAAACCUUUACGGGGGAUUAUGGUGCCAACCCUAGGGCCAAGGUGCACUUGGCAGCCCGCAGACCCUCCCCCUAACUGUGGGAGUGGAGUCCUGGAAGCCACCCUGUCUCACAGAGGACAGAGGAGUCCACCUCGGCUGACACUCUCGGGCCCUGCGCACUGUGCCCCCAGGAGUCCAGCAGUUUCCGCCACAUCUACAGAAAAGUCCUUGCCCCUCCUUGCAAGGAAUUCCAGAAGAAAUCUAAACAGGAGUUUCAUCCGUGGAGGGACACUCACCGGGCCCGGGAGCAUCCGUCAGUGGCGCCCAGCCCGUGGAAGGUGGGGGAGGGGUGGCGAAGGCUGUGGUCACUGGGCUGCCUAGAAAACUGUCCCCUUUGCUGUCUGUUCCUGGGGUGGGCCCUUCUGUGGUGGCUGGGGGAGGACUGACCCCCGAUAACAGGACCAGCUCUCCUUCUGCCCAGUGACCUCGCCAUGCCCCCGCCCUGCCCCCGUAACCCAGAAUGCCCCAGGCCCUCGCUAUGAGAAGCGCACCUGAACGAGGAGGGACUGGCCUGAACGUCCACAGGAGGUGCGUUUGGACGUCACCCCUCGCUCACCUCUGACUCGCUGUACGCCCGGCAGAAAGGAGCACAGGGCGGUCCCCCACAGGCCCAACUCGCUGCGAAGCGGCCCUGCCUUUGUGUCCCAGCAGAGCCCGACCUCCCCUGGCGUGGGGCGUGGAGCUGUCCCCUCCCCAGCCUGACUCAGAGACUAGUCCCCUCCCCACUGGUAAGAUACGUGCAACUGGUUUGCACGCCCACCCGUCCCACUUGUCAUUUAAUUCUCCUACUUAUGAUAUCGGCAACAUAGCGUUCCUGACUCAGUAAAGAGUUGUUUCCAAGA